UUUAUAAAUGAGGGCGAAUCAGGGCUUAUAAUGGGGCUCCAAGGCCUCCAACACAUUGAAUUGCUGUAAUUGCUAAUAACUCAUUAAGAAAAUUAUCUCUCUGUUGUCGUUCUCCAUUGAAGCGCAGUUGACGUUCUCCAUUGAAGCAUCUUCUGAGAUCAAUCAUCAUAGAAAACAACUAUGGCAGGAGAAAGUGACACCCUAACCUGUAAAAACCUUCCAAACCUUUUCUCCUCCUUCGUUGACACCUUUGUCGAUUUCUCUGUUAGUGGCCUCUUUCUUCCUCCCUCCCCUUCAAAUUCUGACCCUAAUACGCCAUUACCCACCUUCAACCCUUCACCGGACCGCCUCAUUGCCGUUGGUGAUAUCCAUGGGGAUUUCGAGAAAUGCAAGGAAUCUCUCCUUCUUUCCGGAAUAAUUGAUGCUACAGGGAAUUGGUCCGGGGGCUCCUCUACUGUUGUGCAAAUUGGCGAUGUCCUUGACCGUGGAAGUGAUGAAAUUAAGAUCCUAUACUUUCUUGAGAGAUUAAAACGACAAGCAGAUAAAUCUGGUGGGAAGAUUAUUACGAUGAAUGGGAACCAUGAAAUUAUGAACAUUGAUGGUGAUUUUAGAUUUAUUACAGCUGAUUCGUUGAAAGAAUUUUCGAAUUGGGCCUUUUGGUACAAUGUUGGUAAUUCAAUGAAAGCACUAUUUUCUGGAAAUGUGGAUCUGCCGAAAGAUCCAUUUCGUGGUGUCCCUGUUGAAUUUAAGGGUAUUAGGAAGGAGUUUCAUGAGGGAUUUAGGGCUAGAAUUGCAGCAUUGCAGCCAAAUGGGCCAUUGAGCACUCGAUUUUUAGCGAAUAAUGUGACAGUUUUGGUGAUGGGAGAGAGUGUGUUUGUUCAUGGGGGUUUGUUGGCAAAUCAUGUGAAUUAUGGAUUAGAGAGAAUUAAUAAGGAGGUUAGGGAUUGGAUUAAUGGGGUCAGAGGAGACUUAUGGAGAGAUAUUGGGAGGGGGAGGAACUCAGUCGUUUGGUUGAGGAGGUUUUCGCAUGAAUUAGCGGAGAGUUGCGAUUGUGAAGCACUUGAGCAUGUUCUUACUACAAUCCCUGGAGCGAAGAGGAUGAUCAUGGGGCAUACCAUUCAAGGGAAAGGGAUCAAUGGUGCUUGUGAGGGCAAGGCAAUCAGGAUUGACGUGGGUAUGUCAAAGGGUUGUAUUAAUGGAUUGCCCGAGGUUUUGGAGAUUGCUAAGAAUUCAGAGGCACGAGUUUUGACAGCUAAUCCUGCUUAUCAGGAUAGUGAUGGUGCUAGAGUUGUGAGAAUUGGUGGGAGAGCAGGGCUUGGUGUGUUGCUUGAGGACGAUAGACGCAAGCAAUUUCAAGUUAAAGCUUGAUUUUUAUAUGAUCUCAAAGAGUUGCAUAUCAUUUCUUGUGGAUGAUGAUUGAAAGCAAAUAUAAGAGGAUGGUUUUGAUUAUGAUUUUGGAGAACUAUUUUUGCUCUGUGGAAGUCUGUGUUGCUUGAUAGGGCAGAUUAUUUGGAUGCAAUUAUGCAUAUUGAAAUACUGUUAGUGAACACUAUUUUUUCUGUUCGAAUAAUAUUUGGUGCUUAAUACAAGCACAAAAUGCUCAAAGUAAGGAGCAGUUGCUAA